AUACCAGUAAGGGAGUUUAUAUUUAGCAGCAUUCGCCAGGCAACACGAACUAAACUUUAAGAAAUGUCUGGUUUAGAUAAGGUUUUUACUGCUGCCACCCUCUUGGUGUUUAUGAUAGUCUUAGGCCUCAAAGGCAAUGUAUACCUUUCGGCACAAUAUAACCAAAGAUGCACAAAUGAAUUAUAUGCUUGUGUUAACAAUAUUCAAGUUUCCCUUGACAAAGAGAUAGUUUGCAGGUCUUCACAAAACUAUUUUGAAUGUCUAAACAACGCCGCAAAGCACUGUGAUUUUAAUGGUGGGACUUUAAUAGAUCUUAUAGACAAAGCAAGACAACAAAUGUCCUUGUAUUGUCCUGAGCCCUUCAUUAGUAUUUCAGCAAUCAGUGCUCUCUGUCUAAUUCUGGUGACUCUUUCCAGUAUGCUGUUGCAUGUUGCGAUAAUAAACAAUUACCUAGAAUGAAAACGUGAUUUAAGAGGAUAACAGCGCACAUUCUCAUUAAAUAUAUACCCAUAUGUUUACAAGAAAUUUCAAGAAUGAACAAUACACUUUAGAUUUUGCAUUUGCUGCGCAUUGUGUAUCAGACACUUAAACGUUUCUCAAAAGUGUUCAAACGAAUCCUACUAUUUUGUGAAAUUCACAAUUUCUCAAGAUUUUAUGUAUAACUGCUUUUAUUAUUCUUUACAUCUUUUCGAAGAUAUGCUUAAAAUGUAACAAUGGUAUGAACU